GCUGGCGCAGCCAUAACGGUCGCCGGAUGAAAAGUUACCGCGUUUAUUCGACGUUCGACUUUCCUUCCGUGCACUACGAAUCUGACGAGAAAAGCCCGCGGGAAAUUUGCCGACGAUUUUCCGAAACUUGAACGCGCAAAAAGUCAAUCCGAUUGAAAAUUUCGGAAUUUAUCAAAAGACUUUGUGAAUUAUUAUUUUUUUUUUUGUGCGUUUAUGUGUGACAAUGUUUUAGUUUUGUUUGUUUAUAUGUAUUUCAACAAUUGUUAGAAACAUGGAUGUGUGAAGUAUACUUAUAAUGGAUUUUGAUUUUUAAAUUUUCUUUUGGAACAAUUUAAGCCCAAAGAACAUUUUUUUUAUUUUUGGAAAUGGCUGGUGCAAUGGAAUGUCAAUUUUGGAGUAUAACACUUUUCGCAUUAAUAACAGGAAUUAGCUACGCAAACUCUGAAGAUAUAGUCAGGGACGCACGAGAAGGUGAAGAUGUGACGUUAGAAUGCAGAUUUCCACCUCCAUCUAUGGGCUCGCUUUCCUAUUACUGGAUCAGGCAGUCGAAAACUGGACACGAUAAUGUUGCUAUCAAAGAUACACCUUUUGAUCCCAACUACAAACUAAAUUAUCACGUAGACGAAGGCAUUUACGACUUACUAAUCAGCAACGCCUCCUAUGACCGAGACGACGGUCGUUUCGAAUGUAAAGUCAAAGCUGGAGGAUCUGGACAAAAUUUGCACGUGCAAAGAUAUUCGCUGACAGUACUUGCACCCCCUCAAUUGCCUCAAAUAGCUCCUGGAUCUAGAGUAACCGCAACUGAAGGAAAACGACAAGAAUUGACGUGCAGUUCUGUUGGAGGUUCCCCUGAUCCUCAAGUGAAAUGGUAUAGAGAAGGUUCCGUUUAUCCGUUGGAAGCUGCUUUAAAAAAUGGAGGCUCUCGAGACCAACCUACAACAGCAACUUUAACAAUAACCCCAACCAAAGACGACGACGAAGCUGUAUUCAGAUGUGAAGUUUGGAAUCGAGCUCUUUCAUCCGAUAAAGUUUUAACAUCAACUGUCUCACUCAGCGUACAAUAUUUUCCAAGGGUGAGUGUCGGACCUGAAAAUCCACUUCGCGUCGAGAGAGACUCUCAAGCAACCCUCGAAUGCGGCGUGGACGCCAAACCUAAAGUGACUGGGGUCAGAUGGAUGAGAAAUAGCAGAUUUAUCAGUUCAAAUUAUAAUCACAUAAUACAUAGAGUAUCUAUACAGGAUGCUGGAAAGUACAUGUGUAGUGCCGAUAACGGUUUAGGCAAAGUAGGCGAACAAGAAAUCACUUUGGACGUCCUUUACGCUCCAAUAGUAAUUUUGGAAGCCAAAACGAAAGAAGCCGAAGAAGGUGAAACAGUUUUCAUUAAAUGUAACGUCACGGCGAAUCCCAGCCCCGUCACCGUCGAAUGGCUCAAGGACGGUAAACCCGAAUUUCGCCAAUCAGGUGACACCCUAAGAAUCUCGCACGUGACUGCAGAAAACUCUGGCACAUACGUUUGUAGGGCUUUGAAUGUUUUAUCGCCCUCUGGACAAGGUUCACGCAGAUCAGAACGUGUAGGCAAUGCCUCAGUGGCUCUAUUAGUCAGACAUCGGCCUGGUAGAGCCAGAGUGUCUCCUAGUAGGCCUGUGGUAUCAGAAGGCGGAGCUGUAACGUUAAGCUGCGCAGCAUCGCCUCCUGGCUGGCCUGCGCCACAAUACAGAUGGCUCAGAGUCGGUUCGGACGGUCAACCCACUAUUUUAGCCACAGGAACCAAAUACACAAUAGCUAAUGCUAAUUUGGCAGCCGAAGGUACCUACAACUGUCAGGCUACUAAUGAAUUAGGGCCUGGUGAAAUGGCUUCAGUAGAUUUGGAAGUCCAUCAACCACCUACGUUUAAAUACAAGUUGAAACCUUUGGAAACUAAGCGGGUGGGAGAAUCGAAUUUUGCUGUUUCUUGUAGUGCUAGAGGCAAACCUAGGCCUAUUGUUAAAUGGUUGAAGGACGAUGACGAAUUGACUGCGGAUGUUAAUAUGUUUGAGGUCAAAACUGAAUAUUCUGAAGCAAACAAUGGCGCAGUAAAUGUCCAAAGUGUCUUGAGAUUCAACGGUAAAGCCAGGCCGAAUGACAAUGAACUUUUACCUUCUGACAGAGGAGUCUACACUUGUAGUUUUGAAAAUGAAGUACGCAGAACAGAGUCUACAAUGCAUUUGAAAAUUGAACAUGAACCAAUUGUUCUACACCAAUACAACAAAGUCGCCUACGACGUAGCAGAAACGGCCGAAGUCGUAUGCAGAGUCCAGGCCUAUCCGAAACCAGAAUUCAAAUGGUUCUUUGGCAACAACAUAAACCCCUUGCACUCGUCAUCAGAAAGCCACUAUGUGGUGCAAACUACGGCUGAAGAAGACGACAUAUACACGAGCAUCUUACGCGUUUCGCACAUCAAAAAACAAGAUUACGGCGACUACAAUUGCCAAGUGGUCAACAGCCUAGGAAAAAUCGAAACUAAGAUUCGGUUGCAACCGAAAGGUCCACCCGAGAGGCCUAGUAAACUUGCCGCCCUCCACACAGGGCCUACUUUUGUAACUUUGGGUUGGGAGCCUGGGUUUAAUGGUGGAGUUUACAAUACUAAAUAUUUUGUGUCAUUUAAACGAAUUCCUAGCGAAGAUGAUAUAAUGAUUGAGGGUUGUGGGCCUUUGAUGAAGAAUUCUGAUUGGGCUGAAGUGGAUUGUCAGCAAAAUAUGCCAUGUAAUGUGAGCCAUUUGGAUCAACAUCAGACUUAUCUUUUUAAGGUCAAAGCUUUGAACACCAAAGGCAUAGGCGAAAAUUCUCAAGAAAUCCGGGCUACAACCAGGGUAGAUAGGAUACCAAUACCUCAAAGGGUGGCUUAUGAUAGGUCUGCAAACAGUCUGUCAAUUAAUGUACCUGCAACAUGUCUUCCUCUAGUAGCUGUAAUUGAAACCAUAAGCAACGAAAAUCAUCCGGUGACUGCUUGGCAAGUGAUUGAUACACUUGCUCUACAGGUUUCCGGAUUAAUACCAACAUCCAAAGAAAAGAGCUUAGACAAAAUGAUGACUCGAGGUUUUGGUAACUCUUUGGGACGUUCUUUAGUAGACGAGCCAAUUGGUAUGGAUGAGUACAGCCCUAGAGUACGAGUGAAGCUUUGUUUGAGAACACACCAUGAUCAUUGUGGGGAAUUUGUUGAAGCAGAAUUGGGCUACGCAAAUUCUCUCAGAGAAGCUUCAGCAUUGACUACUCCAACUUUGAUAGCGAUCAUAGUUACGUGCGCUCUUUUCCUAAUAAGCGCUGGUCUACUUUUGGUAUUUUGUAGAUGUCGAAGGGCGCAGCACGGCAAAAAGGCUCAACAAGCAAAAGAUUUGGAAAUGGAGUCUGUUAGACCUACAAUUAUACCAGCUAAUGGCAAUGGACAACAGCUCAAUUCACCUUUGUUCCAGAACCAGGCCCCACCACCCUACUACGCACCGGGUCUGGACAACCAAGCCAUGGAUCUGCAAAUGGCCUUGGACGAUCAAAAAGCUGUAUACGCAGCUACGCAAAACGGCUACGGACAUUAUGGAGAGCCCAGAAACGAUUGGAAUUAUCUUGAUGCUGGCUAUACGACAACGAUUCCAGGAAACGGAAGCGUAGACUCGCAAGAUUCUUUAUGGCAACUUAAAAUGGCAGCUAACGGUGGACCACAGUACGAUCAAUAUGGCGGACACGACGACUACGCUCAUUUUCCACAAACUCAAGAUCCUUAUGCACAAGUUCACAAACCAAAAAAGCGGCUAGAAUCUCCAGCAGUUUACCGAGACACUCCCGGUCUCCCGGAUCCAUACAUGGAACAAUUAGACGAUGAUAAGCCACCCCCGCCCCCGCAACACAUGUCUUUAGCUUACGAGGAAUCACUGGAAAGUGGAUAUUCGACACCGAAUUCGCGUACACGUAGAGUCAUCAGGGAAAUUAUAGUGUAGAAUUGGACUACUCGGGUGUAAAGAAAAAUAUGCAAAAACCAGCCAAGAUCAUAGUGUUUUGUGUGUUUUUUUUUUUGUAAAAAUAGUCUGUUUUUUAAUUCAUCAAUAAUUGUGUGUAAUUUCAUUCAAAUAUUCACAUACAGAUUUGAACAAUCCUGUUUGUGAACCAAAAUCACCUACUUUUGCUCUCUAUAUGGAAUAAAAUACAAAUUAAUCGGCCCAAUUUACUUAAAUAUUAACUAAACGACGAAUUUUCGAAGAAAAAAAAUGUGAUUUAGAUUGCAAUACUUUAUUGUUGUGCUUGUAAUUAAUAAUUUUUGUUUACUUUUGUGUUACUUAAAAAUCAAAUUUGUAAAUGUACAAAAUAAUAAUUUUAGGUUUAAGUUUAUUUUGCCCUCUGCAAGAAUUUUUUAUAUGACUGAACGUGUGGAUUUGAAAAAUGAUCUGCUAAAUAUAAAUUCCAACAAAUAAUAUGCCAUAUCAAAAAUCAAUGUCGCAAGAUUUUUUUGUGCCAAACACCUCUCUGCUUGUUUUGUACUUAAAUUUGUUUCCUGUCAUUUCGUAACCCCUUGGUUUUUUUUUUUGUUGAUCUCAAUCUUGAAUUUUUCAAGUAUCUUCCAAUUUUUAAUGACCUCAUUAUUUAAUAAAGGCUGAUUUACACUAUUAUUGGUAGUGUGAAUUGGCUUUAAAAAUGAUGUCAAUAAGAAUAAACAUUAUUACAAAAGAUGCUUGAAAAGUUUGACAAUAUAAUCCAAUAAUAAAUAUAUUUAGAUUUAAUUGAAAAUUUUUAUAUUUUUUUAUAAAUUGUAUAAAUGCGCAAACAUAAUACUUACAUUACGAUAUUAUAUUUAAGAGUUUUUUAUUUAUUAAUUUUAGUGAUCGUUUAUUUUUGUAUAUUUGAAAGUAUGUUGUAUAUAAGACACAAAAAGACUAUUUGAAAUACUAUUUAAGUAAGAGGUAAUUUUUAGCUAUGAUAAGGUCGGACUUUCGUUUUUAAGGUUGUACAUAAUACAGAGAGAAGAGAAAACUACACUUGUAAGCACUUUUUCUUUUUAGUUUUUGUAAAUAAAUGUCUAUAUAUUUA